AUGGUUGGACUUCAUCAAUCAUCAGAUAAUAAUAUGGUGGAGAUGUACGUUGAAGCGACGAAUGCAACUGAUAUUCCGACGUUAUCAGUACCAGCUCGAAGAACACAAGAAGCAGGACCCCCUAAACCACAUGCAAGUUAUGGUGAUGAGAACCUUGUUGGACGGUUCAGUGAAAGCCUUUUUGAAUUUAGCGAGUAUGAUGAAGAUAUCGUUCCGUUGGUAGACGAUGACGACACAACAUUAGUUGAUGAGUCCGAUUUUUUUGAGGUUGCUUCAGAUGGACAAGAUUUGGAUGUUGAGGCGGAUAUCACCUCUCAACCUGCUACAUCCACUUUUUUUUUUCCUCUAACGACUAUGGUCUCCUUACAUUAUUUAUCAGGAAACAAUCUGUCCGGUGACGUUUCCGACAGCAUUGACAACAUUACUUCUUGGACAAAGGGGGCAGAGCCGCCGGAUGCUGAAAUAAUAGCUGCUGGUAUUAUACCCUUCACUGUCUUAGAUUUGUCCUGCAAUAGAUUGACUGGUUCAAUUCCCAUGCAAAUUACACAACUGAAAACACUCGGAGUACUGAACAUGUCCCGUAAUCUUCUCUCGGGUCAAAUACCAAUAUCCCUGAGGAACUUAGAAGCAUUGGAAGUAUUGGAUCUUUCCUAUAACAAUCUCUUUGGUGAAUUACACCCUGAAUUAACUGCUCUUACAACAACCUAUGGGGGCCGAUACUGA